AUGAUUAUGCUUCGCAAUGUCAAAUGUGUUAAGUUUACCAAAAUUAAAUACAUAUCUUCUCAUUUAUACAAUUAUAAUCACUUACAACUACACUCAUGUACGAUUGGAAGUGAUCAAUGUAACAGAUUCAGCACUAGUGCUUCACAAAUGAAGAAGAUUCUCAGUAUAGCCUGGCCCAAUGAUCGUUCUUUUAGGUAUAAAAUAUGUGCCAGCAUGUUCUGUCUAGCAGCGUCCAAGUGUUCUAGUUUACUCGUGCCUUUAGCCCUGGCAUCACUAGUGAAUAAGGCAUCCAAACUCAAUUCUAAUGCACAAAUAGGCAAAGCUUUGGAAGAAGAGCUAUCUGAUCAUAAUAAUAGGAAGGAAUUGAUUAGUAAUUUGCUUGUCGAAGGAAAUUUUGAUAUAGCAUUAUGUCUUGGCGGAUAUGCAUUGGCUAGAAUUUUUGCAUCAGGUUUUGGAGAACUAAGAAACUCUAUCUUCUCCUCCGUGAGCGAGGGUACCAGUAGGCACAUGGCUACGGAAGCCUUUUCAUGGAUUCACAACUCUAAUAUCGACUUUAUCCACGCAAAUAAGACGGGAGAAAUUGCCACUAUUUUUAAUAGGGGUAUCAAGGCAAUUUCACAAGUCCUUCACACAUUUGUUUUCCAAGCAAUACCCACGUUACUCGAGUUCAUCUUGGUAACUGGUUUGCUAUUUUAUAAGGUUGGCCAUGAAACAGCAUUGGUCACCAUAUUUACAAUGAUCGGAUAUAUAUUAUUCACCACACUUGUCACCAAAGGGAGGAUUGUUAUAAGGAAGAGGAUGGUUUCGGCGGAACAAUCGUCAAUGGGGUUGCUUGUUGAUUCACUUACAAAUGCUGAGACUGUUAGGGUAUGUAAUGCCUUGCCGUAUGAAUUAAACAAUUACAAGAAUUGUCUAAAGGAGUAUGAAAAGCAGGCGAUUAUGGCACAGGGAAGUUUAUCUGCUUUAAAUUUUGGUCAACAUUUCAUAUUUAAUUUGGGUUUAAUUCUAUCUAUGUCUAUAGCCACUUUGAAGAUCAUUAGUGGAGACGCAUCACCCGGGGAGCUCAUAUUGGUUAAUACUUUGUUGUUUCAGUUAUCAAUACCUCUUAAUAUGAUGGGCACUACUUACCGCCAAAUCAAACUCAGCAUGGUAGAUUUGAAGAAGUUUUCAGAUAUGUUAUUUUCUACUCCACCAUUACAAGUGAUUAAAACUCCAAUAAUAAUAACUAGUGGAAAUAUUUCUGUUAAGAAUCUAUGCUACAAAAACUUGAACAAUAUCAAUUUGGAUAUAAAAGGAGGGUCUUUUAUAUCAAUAGUUGGACACUCUGGAUGUGGAAAAACAACAUUUGCAAAAUUAUUAUUAGGUCUAUACAACCCCCAAUCUGGCAACAUUUUGAUUGAUGGGCAAGACAUUCACAAAUGCAAUAUUCAAUCCCUACGCAGACAAAUCGGCCUAGUUCCACAGGAUACUGUACUUUUUAAUAAUACAAUUGGCUACAAUAUCGCAUAUGGCCUUAUGGAUAUAGAUGAAAGUGCUAUUCAUGCUGCUGCAGAUAUUGCAGGAAUACACUCUACCAUUAUGUCAUUGCCUAACAAAUAUGACACUAAGGUCGGUGAGAGGGGGCUGAUGCUUUCUGGCGGUGAAAAACAAAGAAUUGGCAUAGCACGCGCACUAAUUAGAGCCCCCAAAAUAAUAGUAUUCGACGAGGCAACUUCCUCACUGGACACAAUGACAGAAGAUCAAAUUUUACACUCUUUCCGAAAACUCCGGAAUGAACGAACCCUCAUUGCAAUAUCACACAGGUUAUCAUUCUCAUUAGAAGCAGAUGCAGUCGCAGUGAUACACAAUGGUACAAUUGUACAGUAUGGAAGUCACAAACAGCUAAUAAACUCACAGGGGCUGUACAGACAAAUGUGGCAAAUAAAGCACUAG